CUCCACUCUCCAGAAUGUCAAAACACCAGAGUUAUACACUCAUCUGGAUCUUGACACUUGCCUUUGGACAUUUGAUGCAUGGUUUAACAUGAAUGAAAUUGUGAAUGACUGUGGCGGAAGAAUCAAAUCUGAAGUACAGGUAGAAGGAAGUGACAAGAACCAUGUGACUGUUUCUCUAUCACUAUACCUAAAAAGGUUAUCAGCCUCUGGACCCCCCAUUGGUUGGAGUACUGUUGAGCAUCAGACAGAGCUGGAGGUGUCUUUCCAUUAUCGGCCAUUGCUUUGGGGCAGUCAAUUAAAACUUCAGCAACUGUUGAAUGCAACUCUACAGCUGAAAAGAGUGGCUGCCGAUUCAGAUGGCCGGUUGCUGCUGGAUUUUACAACAACUACUCACUUUCAUGGCUGGUUUGUGACAUCUCACAGAGGAGCCCCUCAUGUGAGAUCCACUGUUUACCCUCCACAUGGACUACUUACCAACAUGUCACUGCAUCUCAUAUGGUCACAGGCAACAUGGAACAGUCCAGUGCAGUCUUGGAGGGCAACUAGUGACUACAGUCUCCAGGAUUACUCUGGAAACUAUACAGCCAGUCUUGUGGCAUGUGUUGCUGCUCCUGGGCUUCAGUACACACCAAAUGCUGCCAGUGACUGCAUACCUCAAGUACCACCUGUAAGGUUGUCUAUUCCUGUAAAUUUUCAGCAUAGUGCUAAACCAGCAGCACUGUCAUAUGGACUUGAGACACAUUUUGUCAUCAGCAAUAACCUUGACAGUUUACUAGGACCACCAGAAAAUCUUCAGGAUUACAAAGGCCCCUACUUUCCUGAGGAAACAGUUGUUGGGCAUAUCCUUUGGCUUCCUACCCACCAAUUGCACUCAGCAUAUCAGUUAACAGUACAUCGUGUCUAUGUUUGUUCUGGAAAUGCUGAUACUGCCCCUACCAGUUGCCUACGGGGAUCUCCAGGACUGGGCCACACUAUCUUAUUACUGGAUAGAGAUGACCCAGAAAUUUCUGAUGACUCUUACAAUGAUAACUCCUUUGAAGCACGUUUUGCUUCUGAAAUGGAUGAUAUUGGCAAGCUCGCUCAUUUUCCUGGAGCUGAUGGCUUCAUCUUCAAAGUAGCACCUUUAUAUAGUAUGAAUGUUGGUAAUCAGUGGUAUCUACAGGCAUUGUACAGUAUUGGUCCAAGAAGUGCCACACGAUAUACAAGAAGUGUAGAUAAUGGACUGCCAGAGAAUGCCUCAACUGUAAAACCAUUUUUGCUUGAACCAUCCAUCAAUGUACCUCACGCAAAAGAAGUGUUGGCUCCAGGAACAUUUAUUGCAGCUGCUGGGGUAAUUCUUCUGACUGCUUGCUGCCUGGGAGGAGCAUUGUGUCAGUCAAGAAGGCAACCUACUUCUGAUGUCGUUGCCCCUCUCAAUAGCUCACUGCAAAGCCCCAAUACUGGGAAGCAACAAGUGCUGCUGAGAGCUAUACCAGUCACUGUGUGGAAUGACCUUGCUUCUAACGAAGGCACUGAAGUGUGAUAUUAUUAAUACUACCUCAUGUAGUGAUAUCAUUGUAUGUUUAGACAGAGGAGGAACUAACUAUGUGGACAACUGUAGAUUCUAGUAUUUUUUGAGAUUAACUGUAAUCUCACACAUUAGAUAUUGCAUGAAUGUUAAAAGUGAGAAUUAAAAUUACCAAGGUCACAGAUCUCUGACUUACCAAUAGAGCUGAAAAUCAAAUAACUGAAAUAAAAUUGUCAGAUUUAUUUAAUUAUUGUUUUAAAAAAAUGUUACUGAUUGUCUCACUUUCUUAAUAGUUGCUUCAGUGUUAAGUUCUAUAAAAAAAAAAAAAAAGGCAGAUGAAAUAGCGAAAGAUAAACAACUGUACACAGACAACCCAUGUUCCCUAGGGAAACACAGUGACCAUUGUAAAUUUCUUAAAUUACAUAUUUCUCCUAUCACAUUUGUGUUGCACCCACAAAAUUGGUCACACACAGCUUGCCAGCCACUCGUGUCCAUGAACAGUGCACUACAUACAAUCUUGCGUAAUCAACAACUGUGCACGACACAGCACAAUUAAUCAUGCCAGUGUGCAUGUGGCCUAAGAUACACCUCACCG